AAGUUCUUCGUAUAAUAUGCACUGUAUAGUAUGCACAUGCACUUUAUUGCGAUCUGGACGACAGAAACGAGGCGAGUAAGACGACAUGUUCUCUAAAUUUUCACCACAAUGUGGUGCUUUGUAAGUGAAAGUCCAUCUGUUGUGAGAGAAUACAGAAUACCUCAUUCGGAAUUAGGACAAGUUUUAUACGACAAAGUAUGUGAGGACCUGGGCUUGUUGGAGAAGAGUUACUUUGGUCUUCGCUACCGCUCCAAGCGAGGAGAGCUCCUGUGGCUCAAUCUGAGAAACCCUCUCGUUGUUCAACUUAGAGGGCGCUCUCCACACCGACUCAGUCUUCAGGUCAAGUUCUUUGUUUCUCCGCAGGAACUUCAGCAGCCAAUCACGAGACAUAUCUUCUACCUCACACUGAAGAACAGACUCCUCCUCGGUCACUAUGCGGUCACAAACGAGGAGAAGAUCAAACUCUUUGGCCUUAUUGCCCAAGCAGAGCUGGGAGACGCUGACCAGACCCUACCCACCCAGUACCACACUAUCCUGCCAGAUCUCAGUGAGGAGACAAUAAAUGAAGUCCUGACGGCUCAUCGUGAGGUCAUGUCGGACACCAUGACCCCGACGUACGCAGAGAUCCAGUUCAUCGGCAACGUGAGCAAACUGCCCGGGUACGGUGUGGAGUACUUCUGUGCAGAGACCAAGGAGAGGGUCCAGGCUGUUAUAGGUGUCUGUACUACAGGGUUGCAGAUCCUAACACAGGCUAGGGAACUUAUGCACAGUAUCAAAUAUGAAGACAUCAGUAAAGUUUCCUAUCAUCAGAACCACUUCUCAGUCCACUACUACCGAUCAUCGGGAGGAACAGGUGUUGAAGACGUCCUUACAGCCCUCAAGUUUCGCCUCAGCUCCAGGAAGAUCGCUCAGGCUCUGUUCAGAGCAUUCACAGAGUCACAUACAUUCUUUAGGUGUGAGAGCGUUGAGCGGGUCGUGAGGCAGCAGCAUUCACACACAGGGUUCGGGUCGUUCCUUGUCCUAAUGAAACCCGACACCUCGAGAGGCAAGGUGUUCAGGUUCGAUGUCGGUCACACCAGACGCCAGGCCUACGACAGCGCAUGGAGGAAAUUACACCCUGGAAACAGCCCUACACAAGAUCAACGAUGGUCCUUGGACCUGGAGAACUAUGGUGCGCAGCGCACAUGGCCAGUGUCUAGUACGUUAAGAAGCACGCAUUCCCAAGAGAUUCUACUGAGCAGACAGCCGACGGGUAGCCAGCCUCCUGUACAGAUCCCUAAACCACCCAGCGCUACUCAAGAAGAUGAUUCCAGUCCGGAUUCAACUCCCGAAGGCACUCUACCGCACAAGGCCAACAGACAUGAUGGAGGUAGCCCGAUGAGUGCAGGUCCCGCUGAGGAGGAGAUGAUGGAAAAGCUCCAAGAUCAGCUCUCUAACCUUCAGGAAUCGAGGCUCUGUCAGGUUUGCCUGGAUAAUGAGAUGACCACCGUGUUCUGUCCGUGUGGUCACAUGUUCUGUUGCGAGACGUGCUCCAAAGAGUGUAAUCGGUGUCCGGUUUGCAGAGCUGAGGUUAUCUAUGUCCAGAGAGUCUUUUUCUCCUAAAGCCGAAUAUUGCCUUCUAUUACAGAGUGAAAAGAGUUCUUUAUUUAUUAGUCUGACAGGCCUUUAAUUAAUUUGAAAGAUUGAUAAUGACAGUUUUCUCGAAAAAAGUGGCCUCUGUGAGUUCCUUAUUUAUUAGUCUGACAGGGCUCUAAUUACGUCUAUUCAGAGCCAGAGGGACGUUAAAUCUCUGUUUAAAGUAUAUGAGUUAAUGCCCUUCUGGCUUCAAACAGACAAUUUUAAUGUGAAAGAGUAAUAGUAGUCUAGUUGGAAAAAAGGGUCACUGUGGACUCAAGAGAUACAUUUUUGGGGUUAUAUCCAGGUUUUUUUAAUGCCUGAAGUUUCCAGUUGAUGAUUGUUUUAAAGACACAUAAAAGUGGAGUCUCAUUGGGAAUUAGACACAGUUCGGGUGUUGUUGAGUGGACUAUGAGUUUGCUGUGUGCAGACUUGUACACCCAUUAAUGGUAUUUCCACCAAGUCUGGUGUCAGCGAAUUAUGACCUUCUGCCCAUGGAAACUGUGGACCCACCAACUUUAAUGUCUGUUACAAAAGAUAUGCUCAUUAUUUACCCAUUGUUUAAUCAUUAAUUAUAGUCUUGGAAAAAUCAUUGUGUACCCUAGAAAGUAUUCAUCUUUUUGGAAGUAUCCAGUUGACUAUUGUUUUAAGGUGUAUCACAAAAGAUAUUAGCGAGUUUUCGCACGACGAUGCAAGUGCUCUCUACGGGGUAUUUAAAUGAGCUCGCCAUCCUUACUAGCUCGACUUUCAACCCUAAUACGACUAAAUACCGUCGUAGGUUUGGACGCUACACAUAAAUUUUCGGUCUGUGAGUGCGAUCCCCCUCUAAGAUUAGCAUUGUAGAAGGCCGCGUUGCCGGUUGCGAAAAACUCGCUAUUCUCAUAUUUGGGAACGGAGGCGCCUGUAUUACAGCAUAUGAGUAUGAGGGAAUUCACUAGUCAGUUGGUUCAGUUAAUGAAAACUUACAAAUGUUCACCAAUAUCCUGGCUCCGAACAGACAAAAUCUUCUGUUUUGAAUGUGUAUAAUGUAUCAGUAUGUAAAAUGGAGUGGUUAUGGAGCAAUAAUGUGUACUAAAAAUAUCUUCUUUUUUCUAAUAUAAUAUUCUGAAUGUUACGUACAUAUCUAUGCACUUAGUAUGUUAAUAAGUAGAUUUUUUUUGUAGAACAAAAUAUGAAAUUAGAAAUAUUUAAAGCACCAUUUUUAUGCACCAACUUCCUGAAUACAGAGAAGUUUUUCAUGUUUCUCACAGAUAUAAUUGAGCGGAACCAUUCAUUUUGGUAUGUUUUGGAUGUAUGGAAGAUUGACCAUGCACAACUUGAGUGUACUUGAAGCACUAUUUUUUCAGAUCUGGAAAUGGAUACAACAAAAGCUAUUAUCGAAAUGAGUAAGAAUGUAGAGCAGGUACCAAUCACAUGUUCGUGUGAUGUGAGUUGGUCUAGCGGUACAUUUACUUGGUCAGCUCUCUGUCUUUGCCUACAAACUGGCUCAGACAACCCCGGUUCGAAACUGAGUCACAUCUUUCAGAUGGUGACAUAAGAGGUCUGUCCCCAGACGUAAUUAAUCAUAUCUGAUUGAUACACUUCUGUAAAAAUCCAAUUACACACAUGUUCCUUUGAAAGGGUUCCAUGACAAUGCUAGAGCGCUGCAAUGGCAGCACAGCUAAAGCAGGGGUAAUAAUCUCCAAGUUUGGAAGCGCUUAGUGAUUGUAAUAAGCGCUAUAUAAAAACUGAGUAUUAUUAUUAUUAUUACUACUCAAAAUACACAUGAACUUGGGGUACCGCUAUCCCUAGUUGUCACUUAAAUUGCCCAUGUAAGCCCUCUUUUAUGCCGCAUCUUAUCAUCCUUGAAUUGUGAAUCUGUGUUGUUUUAUUGGUCCAUUUUGUUGAUCAUCCAUCCAAUACCAUAAAAUGCCUUUAAUGUAACUCUGUUCUUCCAUCAUUACAAGCCUUUACAUGUUCAUCUCAUUCCCGUCACAUGUUUGUCUAAUGCCGUCACGUGUAUGUCACAUAUCCGUCACAUGUCUGUCACAUAUCCGUCUCAAGCUUGUCAAAUCUUUGUUACAUGUCUGUGACAUAUUAGUCAUGUGACAUGUCAGUCCAGUCAUGUGUCUGUCACAUGCCUGUCACACUUUCGUUACAUAUCUGUGACAUAUUAGUUGUGUGACAUGACACAGUUGGGUGUCUGUCACUUAUCUGUUUACAUGCCUGCCACAUGUUUGUUACGUGUCUGUGACAUAUCAGUCAUUUGUCUCUUGUCACUCACAUAUCCGUCACAGGUCCAUGUCAUUUGUCCGACGAUCUUCACCUUAUCACACUUGUGUACAUGAUAAUCAUGUUCCCACCAUGCAUGUCCCUUUGUCUGCAUUUUUUCAUAUCUUUUAUUACAGAGAUAAUGCUCUUCUGGCUCUAAAAAGAUUGUCUCAUUUCUGCCUUUUUUUCGGCACAUCUUUUGCAUGCCCUUCCUAUUGAAUGUAGAUGUUGUCCUUCACAUGACAUUCAUGACAAGAUUUGUCCUUGUCAUGCCCUUCAUGUUCAUGAUAUGUGUCCUUCACAUGUUUUUCAUGCAGUGUUUACAUUUACCGGUAAGCGUAUUACUCUCAUAGCAUGUCGGUGAUCUGUCACUCAACAACCUAUCAUUUAUCUACAUUUGCCUCCCCUUACACAGGUGUUGAAAAUGGGUAUCUGGUUAAGCGUUGAUUCUCAAAAUGCGUCUGUUGGUCCAUGGUAGCUUGCUGGAAGCCAGGAUUAUAAUGAUUAUUGUAGGUGCCUUGAAAAUGAUGUAAAAUUAAUAAUUUGCAUAUUAUACUUAUGGCUAUUAUUACUACAUAUAACAGACACAGAACUUGCUUUGCAUGCGAGGUAUACAUGGAAAGAAAUGUGAAAAAAAAUAUACAUGUAUGAUAGGUAUUUGGUAUAUUACGGUAUAUUUGGUAGAAACGGGUCUCUCUAAAAAUUUGCACAAAGCACAUUUGUAUAUUUAACCAAGUAUUCAAUUAAUCAAUUUUGAAAUGUCGCACAGUAGAAAGUAAUUGUAAUUAUGUGAUUCUCAGCAUAGAAAUAAUGCAAUUUUAUUAUAUAAUAAUCUCACAUAAAUAUAUCUAUCUCUCUCCUUUGUUACAUAAGUUAUUGAAGUCAUGAGAAGUUUUUGACUUAGAGAUUUGAUUGUAUAAUGUGACUGUUCAACUAACAUGAAGAUAAUGUGAAAAUUACAUUCUAGGUUAAAUUGCUAUUCCAUUUUAAUAUGAAGAUGGGAUAUAAGUGGAAGCGGUGUAGGAAAAUAUUGAUGCAGAUUGUCAUUAUGUCAGUAAACAUUUAUGUGACUUAAUGCCUCUAUUAUUGAAUAAAAUUGCCAUUAAUACUUUUUGCGGUAAAUGAUACUAAUUGAUCAUGUAUUGCUAAUGUAUUGCUAAUGUAAUCACUUUGCACUUUAGAUGUGCUAUUGGUAGUUUUUAUACCUAGUACAUAGGAAAAAUUAUGUUUGUAGAAGGUGAUCCUAUCAUGUACUCAGAAUUGAGAGAUCAUUUCUUUUUUUUGGUUGAGCAACGAAUCUUUUAUACAAGAGUGAUUGCGUAAAUUGAAUGCAUUGUACAAAAAUGUAGAAAGAACACCUACAAAUUAUAUAUUUUGUUUUAUAUCUAUAUAUACAGUAUCAUUUGUAAAAUAUUAACCAUCAUUUGGUCAAAGGUUGUUGGCACCAAAUGUAUGUAAGAUGCAUGCACUGUUAAUAAACAUUGUCAUAUUCUUUCAA